UUAUAAACAGUGAUCCGUAAUUUCCUGGAUUUUAAAGUUAAAACUUUUGCCGUGAUUCGUGAGCCCACAUUCGAACAGCGGUUAUGAUUUGGAGACAUAAGAGAACCAACAUGGCGGCGAAUGGUGGAAGUAUUUGGAUCUUUGGCAGAGUAUGGGAAACGCUGAGGCUGUGAUCAAGGCUCAAGGGGAACAAGUUUCACCAUCUUCUGGAAUGAAGCUUUUUAUUUUAAAAGAUCUCUGGUACACUGCCAUCACCAUAUCAUUUUAGAACUCACAUUCUCAUCAGGGACAAGAGAGCUUACUGUAUCUACAUUAAGAGAUUUCCAUGGAUGUUGGUAUUACAGCUGAAAAAGGACUAAACUCUUUGGAUUUUGGAGACGAUCUGAAUAACACUCCUCCUUCUAAGCGCUCAAGGCUGAAUAGCAAUCUCAUGGAAGCAACAUCCUCUAACUGCGAAGCUACUUCCUCAAGCUGUGAGGUAUUACCAGAAAACAACAUUUUCCAUUCAUCGUAUGACAGAGACAAUGUCUGCACAUCAAAUGGUGAAACAUGCAGUCCUUUCUUGUUUGUGGAUGUUGAGGUCGAGCAUAAGAAAGUUGAAAAUGUUCCACUUGCAUAUGGCUGCCCUAUAAGAGACAUCAGUAAAUACCUUGCAAGGAAUGAGUCUAUUCAAAUAGUCUACUAUUUGUACAAGAAACUACAAAGAUGUGAGAAGUUUGACUGUGAUGUGUCGAAUGCUCAAGUAUUUGUCAGGUUAAGCUCCAAGUGGAGAUGGACCAAGUUGGAUGAUCUGAUAGCCGACACCUCCCAGGCUGUGGGUGAAGCGUUCAGCGACAUCUUGCCUUAUUGUAAACUCACCUUUAGCUUAGAACCUAGCACAGAAGAGGUGCAAUCAUGUGCAGAGAUAGAGAACCAAGUUCUACCGAGUGCAGAGCAACUGCAAGUAAUCCAAAUGCUUCUGGGACUGCUAUCUCAACAUUCACAGUCUGAACUCAUCAAAGCCCACUGCCCUCUUUCACAGGCUGUGAUUUCCCGUUUAGAGAAAGAUCACACUCUACCAGAAAUGAGUAACGAGGAGUUGGAAACAUUACAAAAGUGGAUACACAACUUUAAUCUAUCAAAACAGGAGCUCCCCCAGACUACUGUGGCUAUCCCUCCCCAGUCUGAUUCAGUCAAACCCAAACAAGGCUCCUCUAAGACAGAGCACAAAGAUGGUCACCACGAAGGAGGAUACUCAAGAUAUGCUAAAUUUGACAGCAAUUCUGAAAGGCCUUUGCUAAGAGCAUGGUAUAAACGAGACCCUACACCCUCAAGGGAACUUAUUUGUCAGUACACAGCGGAACUUAACCGUGGAAGAUACCGACAACAGCUAGCCUACCCUGUGACAGAGCGUAGUGUUUAUACCUGGUUUAAGAAUGCAAGAGCUCGAUCUGGGAAGAGAAAGCAAGGGUUGUUGCAAACAGCUGGGCAGAUUCAGGUUGUUGGGAUGUCUCCUGACAGAAAUAGUCCAUUUAAGGGUCCUGAUCAGGGAAGAAUGGAUCCAGAGCAAAGUGUGGAGCAGUAGCUUGUCCAUGUGAAUGAGGCCAGAGUCAACAAUGGCCUGCUUUUCAUUUUCGUUUAUUUCCAAUUCAGGAACUGUGGAGCCAUUUAGUCAUUUCUUGAUUCUCCUCAAGUCGCAUUGAGUGUUUUGUGUCAUAGAAUAGAGUGAUAGAAUAUAUAUUUUACAAAUGACUUUAGACUGUUAUCACUAAAAGUGUUAGGAAAUUUCAUGUUUUUUCAAGAAAGGAAACCCCAGAUCAUAUUGACUGCCAUAAUUACUUACACUACAAAUUUAAAAAGAUGAGCUGAAAACCCGACUGAGAUAUGUGUGGCUUUUUUGAGAUGUGUUUUCGGCUUUUUUUCACAAAGAAAUGUUAUGUAAACAAUCCCAGACAAGGUGGAUGGUCAUUGAUACCUGUCCAUUAUGGAUUUUUCUGUAGAAAUGUUCAGUUUAAAACCUGCAUAACUUGUUGACUUCAUCAUGUUUUAACUUAUUAUUAUUAUAUUUUAAUAUACAUAAGUAUAUAUAAUAUAUUGUAUUGAUAAAUUGAAUAUUGUAACUAGAUUCUGUCCUGAACUUUUGUGAAUGGGACUGGUAAGACUUUAAUAAGCCAGACAAGGAAAAGCAGUGCAAGAGUAUUUUUCAUCAGAGAUUUCUCUGUAGAAAUGUUCAGUUUAAAACCUGCAUAUCUUUGACAAGGAAAAUCAGCGAGAGAGAAUUGUAAUUCUAUCAUGUAUUCCCAAAUCCACUUGGAACAGAUGCCACACUUUUCUGAAGAUAAUGUUACUCAUCAAGUAAUUUUGAGACUAUUUCAUAAUCAUGGCACAGCUUUUAGAAUGACUGGAUCACUAAGGACACUUUUAUUUUUAAAUUUCUAGAUUCAUGUCUUCCUAAGCAGAAUUUUUUUACAGUACUUUUAAAACAAGGUAAUAUUGAUAUCUAAUUAAAUGAUAAUUAAGUAAAAUGGCAAACAAGUAUGAAAAUAGUUCUAGUGAAAGUUGACCUUUGUCAAAAGUGUGGGAUUAACUUAUCUAAAAUAACACCAUACCUGUCAACUCUCCCGCAUUAGGCGGUAGUCUCAAGAUUUUGGAACCCUUCUCCCGCUGCGAGGUUUACCCACCCCUCCCCCCCUCAAAAAAAGAAAAUCUCAAGCCUUGAGAUUUUCGGAGGUUGACAGAUAUCUAACACUGUAUUUAGCAAAAAACACUGUUCUGUUGAAAUUGUCUUAUUUAUCUGGAUCAUUUAUCUAAAAUAAUACUGUUUUAUUAGAGUUUAGAUGAGAUCAGCUGAGAUGUUGCCUAUUAAACUUGAUUCUAGUUUUGAUAAAAACACUA